AUGGACCUCCAAAAAUCAAUCUCCAAGUGCCAAGAAGAUGUUGCUCUCAGCUUCACUAAGCAUUUGCUCUCAAAAGAAGAAUAUCAGGAGCAGAACAUCGUGUUUUCACCCUUGUCUCUUCAUGUAGCACUCAGCGUCAUUGCAGCUGGUGCACAAGGUCGCACACUUGACGAGCUUCUUUCCUUCCUCCGAUCUGACUCCGUUGACCAUCUCAACACCUUCUUCUCGAAGGUCGUCUCUGCUGUGUUCUCCGACGAUGAUGACGUUGCUCCUUCACAUCACCCUUCCUUUGUCAAUGGAAUGUGGGCUGAUAAAUCCCUUUCCUUUUUGCAUUCUUACAAACAACUUGUGGCCACUCAUUACAAGGCCACUCUAGCUUCAGUUGAUUUUAUGACCAAGGCUGAUCAAGCGUGCCAUGAAGUGAAUUCAUGGGUUGAAAAAAAGACUAAUGGCCUUAUCAAAGAGCUUCUUCAUCCCAGUGCAAUAAACAAAUUAACUAGGCUAAUCUUUGCAAAUGCAUUGCACUUCAAGGGUGAGUGGGAACGCAAGUUUGAUGCUUCAAGAACAUACAAGUAUCAUUUCCACCUCCUUAAUGGCAAGUCAGUCCAGGUUCCCUUCAUGAGAGAUCAUGAGGAUCAGUAUAUAACAGCUUUUGAUGGUUUCAAAAUCCUCCGUCUUCCUUAUAAACAAGGUACAGAUAAAAAACGUCAGUUUUCCAUGUACAUUUUACUUCCGGAUGCAAAAGAUGGACUUUCAACUUUAAUUGAAAAGAUGGCUUCAGAAUCUGGUUUCUUGGAUGACAAGCUACCUCAGCAAAAGGUUCAAGUGUGUUCCUUUCUGAUUCCAAGAUUCGAUAUUUCUUUUGAAUUUGAAGCUUCUGAUGUGCUAAAGGAGUUGGGAGUAGUGUUGGCUUUUUCUAGAGGAGAAGCAGAUUUUACAAAAAUGGUGAAGGGGAAUUCUCCUUUGGAUGAAUUAUAUGUGGAAGGCAUAAUUCAAAAAGCUUUCAUUAAGGUAAAUGAGAAAGGCACAGAAGCUGCUGCUGUUACCACUCUGCGUUUAUGUGGAGGGGGUGGUCCUCCACCGGGUAUAAAAUUUGUAGCUGACCACCCUUUCCUCUUCUUGAUUAGAGAAGAUUUCACUGGCACAACCCUUUUUAUUGGCCAGGUGCACCAUCCUCUUGACGGAGGUCAUGAUUCUUUUCAUUGUGCAUUAUAUAAUAGACCAGCCAAUCUUUUGAAGGAUUUAGGAAUAGAAUACCUUGUCCGCCCUUCAGGCAAUACAGUGGAGGAGAAAGAGUCUAGAGAUUUUGGCCGGAAGAGAAUAGAGAAGAGGAAGAUGAUGGUGAUGACAACGGUGCUGAUAAGCCUGAGGUUCCACCGAAGAGGAAGUGGUUAA